AUGCCUCCAAUCCAGCAGCAGCACCAACCGCAACCCAUGCAUCAACCCCCACCAAAUGGCGCUGAGCACAUAACCGCUCCCCUCCAUUCCCAAAGUCACAGACAACCCAGCUGCCACGUCGCCGACAGGGACGUGGCAACCAGACGACGAACAACGUUCGUCAUCAUUGAACACGACUACAGCAAAAUGUACGCUUCGCAGUGCAGGAGCUGA